AUGUCGCUCGGUCCGUCGCCGUCGCGCCGGUGCCUCCUCCGCCUCGGCCGCCAAGCCCGCGCCGUCGCAACCCUCACGCCCCCUCACCAGGCUGCCGCCGUUUCCCGCCUCCAGAGCACCGUCGACCCCUCGUCCGACGAGUUCAAGGACAACCAGGCCCAGAUGGCCGGCGUCAUGGACCGCCUGGCCGAGCUGACGCGCAGGAUCCAGCUCGGCGGCCCGGCCAAGGCGCGCGAGAAGCACCUCGCCCGCAACAAGAUGCUUCCCCGGCACCGCAUCGCCGCCCUGAUCGACCCCGGCACCACCUUUCUCGAGCUGUCGCCCAUGGCGGGCUACCAGCUGUAUCCCGAGGCCGAGGUGCCCGCGGGGGGCAUCAUCACCGGUGUGGGCGUCGUCGAGGGAGUUCGCUGCGUCAUUGUCGCCAACGACAGCACCGUCAAGGGUGGGACGUACUAUCCCAUCACGGUCAAGAAGCAUCUCCGGGCCCAGGCGGUCGCGCAGGAGAACAAGCUGCCUUGCAUCUACCUGGUUGACUCGGGAGGCGCCAAUCUCCCCCAUCAGUCCGACGUCUUCCCCGACCGCGACCACUUCGGCCGCAUCUUCUACAACCAGGCGCGCAUGUCCGCCCAAGGCAUUCCCCAAAUCGCCGUCGUCAUGGGCCCCUGCACCGCGGGAGGCGCCUACGUCCCCGCCAUGUCGGACGAGUCCAUCAUCGUCGGCGGCCAAGGCCACAUCUUCCUCGCCGGCCCGCCCCUGGUCAAGGCCGCCACCGGAGAGGUCGUCAGCGCCGAGGACCUCGGCGGCGGCAAGAUGCACUCGUCCGUGUCCGGCGUCACCGACUACCUGGCCGUCGACGACGCCCACGCCAUCACGCUGGCCCGCCGCUCCGUCAGCAACCUCAACUGGCCCGCCGCCCCGGCCCCGGCCCCGGCCCCGGCCCCCGCGACCGCGACCGCGACCGCGACCGCGACCGCCGGCUCCUUUGCCGAGCCGCUCCACGACCCCGACGAGCUGCUGGGCAUCGCCACCACCAACCUGCGCAAGCCCAUCCCCAUCCGCGACGUCAUUGCCCGCGUCGUCGACGGCUCCGAGUUCGCCGAGUUCAAGCGCGACUUUGGCACCACCCUCGUCACCGGCUUCGCCUCCAUCUACGGCCACAAGGUCGGCAUCGUCGCCAACGACGGCAUCCUCUUCGCCUCGUCCGCCGUCAAGGGCGCCCACUUCAUCCAGCUCUGCGCCCAGCGCGGCGUCCCCCUCGUCUUCCUGCAGAACAUAUCCGGCUUCAUGGUCGGCACCGCCUCGGAGCGGGACGGCAUCGCCAAGCACGGCGCCAAGCUCGUCACGGCCGUCGCCUGCGCCGACGUGCCCAAGUUCACCGUCGUCGUCGGCGGCUCCUACGGCGCCGGCAACUACGGCAUGUGCGGCCGUGCCUACAGCCCUCGCUUUUUAUGGAUGUGGCCCAACGCCCGGGUCGGCGUCAUGGGAAGCGAGCAGCUGGCUGCCGUCAUGGAAACCGUUGGUCAAAAGGCUGAUCCCGAGCUCAAGUCGCGCAUCGACCGCGAAACCGAAGCCACCUUUUCCUCAGCAAGGUUAUGGGACGAUGGCAUCAUUCCGCCACAGCACACCCGUCGCUACCUGGGCUUGGGGCUCCAGGCUGCCAUGACGGGGCGAAACGAGGUCAGGGCUGGAGACUCCAAGUUUGGCGUUUUUAGAAUGUAG